CAUGUACUACGCAAUCCAGAAGUGCCUUCGGAGCGAAAAAGGAACAAAGGAAGAAAAGGGGGCAUUGUGCUGUUGGAUGUUUCUGGUUAAAGAACCUCAGUUGUAGAUUCCAAAUUUGAAAUGUGUUCUCAUUGUAAUAUUUUCAGUCAUUUGAACUUAUUUUCCCAGCAUCUAACUACAGCAGAGAAGAGAAUCUUUGCGAAAUAGAAAGACUUUAUGGCCUUAAGUUUGAUAAUAAAUCAGUUGUGGUCAGGAGGGAAUGACACCUGGAUCAAAAGCCAGAAUUCUAAGGCAAUUAAAGCCAGUGUUGGAUGCACUCAAGCAGAGCGAGCUUGGAGUUGCCUGGAGUUAACACAGAUGUUGCUGUGUUGUGUGGUGCUCCUGCGUGAGGCAGUGAAAGCUAAAGUGUGUCAGUGUAGCACUGAGACACAUACACAGGCUGGGGUUGUUGAGGUACCAGUGGAUAGGGGUCUUUUGGCACACAAGGAGCAGAACAUCUGGCAGUGCAGUAACCAUGUCAGGGAGGGAGAGACUGUCCUCUUGAGUGGUUCUCUGGAUAAAGUAACUUAAGUUGGAGUGUAUGAAUAAGCUGGCUUAAUAGUUGAAUAUGACUUGAUAAAUUCUCAUGUAGUCUCCCUAUAUUGAAAUGCUUAUUUUAAAUCAAAUGUAGCUGGUUUGGGCAUCCUGUUCUUUUCCAGCAUCUUCCCUUCUCUCAAGUCUGAAACAUUUCCGAAUGUCUGCCCUCUCGGAACCGCUUCCUCUUGCCUCAUAACUUGGAGUAUUGUUUUACAGCCCAGAACGAGACUUCGCCAGUAGCAGUCCUCCCAAGCUAGCGAAUUUUAGCCAUAGCUGUUUUUUGUACUAAACCCAAAUAAACUCGCACAAACUCGCUCGGCCGCCGCCGUCCCUCCCUGCGUGCGGGGCCGCCGGGCCGCCAGGGGGCGCGCGCCCGCGCCGCUCCGCCGCCCUUUCCGCCGCCUCGGACGCCGCCAUCGCCGGGACGCCGCGCCGCUCCGCGCCAUGUCGUCGCACAAGACGUUCAAGAUCAAACGCUUCCUCGCCAAGAAGCAGAAGCAGAACCGGCCCAUCCCGCAGUGGAUUCGCAUGAAAACCGGCAAUAAGAUCAGGUACAACUCCAAAAGGAGACACUGGAGGAGGACCAAGCUGGGCUUGUAAAGAGAGACUGUCCCCUGGGAGCUCUAAGGAACAUUGGUCUUUCUGUGUCGGAUCGAUAACACCCUCAAGUCAUUCCUUCUGUGGUGCUGGAGUGCAGUCCCCAGUGUGGGGUUUUUAUAAGCUGGUCUGGGAUGUUGAUGUUAACUGGGAAAAUCUUUGUAUCUGAAACAUGGAGACUGUGUUCUAUAGUGUUCUUUCAGGCAUCACCGUGAGCAUUGACACUGCACAGGCUUACUAAUAAACAUGGACCUGAAUGAC